UUGGCCAACUUUUUAACUUGUUUAUCUAUCUUCAUCUUUCAUAAAACUCCAACUAUUUGAGUUAUUUAGUCAGCAUUCAAAAAUUUCCCAUUUUUACUUCUUUUAUAUAUAUGAAGAAGUGGCCAUUGUUGUUGAAUCUGUUAUUCACUAUCCUUGUUUUGCUUCAGCCAUGUCUUUCUCUUCUUGCUAUUCCCAUUCUCCAUUAGUAUACAAUAAGGAUAUAAAACUCUGUAGAACAGUUGGACAAGAGAAGCCGAAUUUUCCUUUCUCUAUCAGGAGUAAUGGUGUUGAUCUAUGCACCCGACGUGUUUCCAGAAGUAGAGCGGGCUUAAGUGGAGAUUGGAGUUUCAUAGGAGGAUCUAAAAUUGUUAUAAAACCUAAAGCUACAACGUCGUUUCGCAAUUCAAAACGAAGUCAAAUACAUGCUUCAUGGUUCGUCGGAUCUCAACUUGCCAGCACCGUGUUUACAUGGGGAACAAUCGCAGUGCUCCCGUAUUACACACUUAUGGUUUUCGCCCCGAAAUCCGAGCUAACCAAAAAGUCUAUGGAAAGUAAUUUACCGUACGUAAUCCUCGGCGUUCUAUACGCUUACUUAUUGUUCCUUUCUUGGACACCUGAAACGGUUCGAUUGAUUUUCGCAAGUAAAUACUUACUACCUGAGCUAAGUAGCAUAGGAAAAAUGUUCUCUAGUGAGUUGACUUUAGCCUCUGCAUGGAUCCACCUUUUAGUUGUUGAUCUUUUUGCUGCAAGGCAUAUUUUCCGCGAUGGAAGAGAGAAUCAGAUUGAAACUCGGCAUUCGGUUUCCUUUUGCUUGUUCUUCUGCCCUAUAGGGAUUCUUACUCAUGUCAUCACCAAAGCAAUGACCAAAAUUACAAGAACAGAGAGUCAUGGUUUAUAGAUGGCACAUGCUUCAACAGAAGAAAACAAGUAUUUUGUUUGAAGAUUAAGAUUAUGAGGAUGUCUAGUUUGAGUUGAAGUUACUUGUAAUUUCAUUGUAACAAAUUUUCGGUCUUCAAUAAAAAAUGUAACUUAAUUUGCUGUUUGUUC